ACUCCUGGACUCUAGCAUGGAAACUGUUACUCAUGCACCCCCCUUCACGGCAGGAUCCAGAUGUUCACCGGAGAAAUGGGUAGCUGGCUGGUAAUCCUUGGGACCUAUCUUUACCAACGUUAUAUUGCUCCGCGUAUGUCCAACAGUUCUUCCCCUCUCUUGGCUGGUGGCUAUCGUCCUGUCAACGCAGCGGAGGGAUUUGACGAGGAGGAGGAUUACACGAUUCGAGGACCCGAAGCAUCGGAUGAUGCCACGAAGCCCUCUACGUCCCCGGACGGGCGCAUCCCCCUCCAAGGGCGCAAGAUCUUCAUGCUUGCAGCACCAGCAUGUUGCGAUAUCGCUGGCACGACUCUCAUGAACGUCGGGUUGCUCUUUGUCGCUGCAAGUGUCUACCAGAUGACUCGUGGCGCCCUAGUUUUGUUUGUUGGUCUCUUUAGCGUCCUUUUCCUCCACCGCAAGCUCCAUCUCUACCAUUGGCUUGCCCUAUUCAUCGUGGUUCUCGGUGUUGCUUUGGUUGGUCUUGCUGGUGCCCUCUUCAGUGACCACCAAGGUCACGAUGUCUCACAAGAGAGUACUGCCGCCACCGUGGCACACGCCAUCAGGGAAGUCCAAGCCACGACGCAAUCUCCGCAAGCGGUACAAGCCAUCAUUGGUGUGCUCCUUAUAGCCGCAGCUCAGAUCUUCACCGCCUCGCAAUUCGUCUUGGAAGAGUGGAUCUUAGAGAAUUAUGAGAUGGACCCUCUCCAGGUUGUUGGUUGGGAGGGGAUCUUCGGGUUCUCUGUGACCGUUAUUGGCUCCAUCAUCUUGUACCUGGUUGUAGGCCGCACUGAGGCUGGUCGCUACGGCUACUUCGAUGCAAAGGAAGGAUGGAGCCAGGUUUUCAACAACCGAGCAAUUGCUAUGUCCAGCUUCUUAAUCAUGAUCAGCAUUGGCGGCUUCAACUUCUUCGGUCUUUCCGUCACCCGCACCGUAUCUGCUACCUCUCGCAGCACGAUCGACACAUGCCGGACCCUCUUCAUCUGGCUCGUCUCCCUCGCCCUAGGCUGGGAAACCUUCAAGUGGCUGCAAGUUGCCGGUUUCGCACUCCUCGUUUACGGAACCUUCCUGUUCAACGAGAUUGUCCGGCCACCGCUCAAGGCCUGUCUUCCCAGCUCUCACCGGGAUCGAGAAAUUCUUCUUCCCGAAGAGCCGAUUGAGCAUAUGUAAGUUUGACUCAUCCGUCUAGCCAAAUCAACAACGAGCGUCCCACCACCGCCCACCUGCAUAGGUGAUAUGGCGUCUAUCCUUGAUGGAUCAGACUUUUAUACAACAUGACAUACCAUUCCAAUCACCUAUGAUUCACUACAUGAGCUACUGCUUCUCCGACUUUUUUGCUUUGAUCUCACUCUCGCAAUAUAUAUGCUUUGAGGAUCGGAACGGGGGCCUUUCUCCAUGGCGUUUUGGAUUUUGCUGUUGCUCUUGGAUACAAACUGGCAAAUAGAGAGGCUGCGACUGUUUCUGUGAAACAACGAACAAUUUAGUUAUUCUUGCGUUGCUUGGAGUUUCUAGGUCAUUAUUGGAGUCGCUUGGGGUUGUUUAUUUCUAUUGUAUCAGCAAUAAGGUAGAAAAUUCCCAAGAUAUCUCUAUAGUAUAGCUUCCUGCAGCUAA